GUCUCAUACCAGCGACAGCGUCACCUUGUCAUUUGGGAUUUACCUGCGUCAGCUUAGCCAUGGGCUAGUUUCUGACUCUAUGUCAUCUGUUUUAGAUCGAGAGACCGUGUCAAAUAUCGAGGUUGACAUGAUGGUGAAGCUACUGCAAAACAUUGCAAUUGUAUGCAGCUGAUCAUUCGUUAGAGUAUUUUAGAAGUCAUGAUAAGAUGAAUACAGCUUAAACCCAUUGAAUUCUUGGAACUCUCCAGACAUGACAAAUGGGCGCAUGGCUCUGCCAAUGUAGAUGAUACACCCUUUUUCUCUGUUUCGCAUUCCUGAGACCAAGCUGGCCAAGUUGACAUACCUACGCACCAAGAUGUUUGUCCUUGAUUUUCUUAUUAGCGAUAUCCACUUACACACAUUGUGCACACCAUAACCACCAUCUCCACGUCAUUGUUCAAGAUCCUGUAGUGUCCUAGAUAGCACCUAGCUAUGCAGUGAUUUCAACAGUCGGCGGUUUUUGGGAACAAGGGACCAAUGAGAGGUUGUAUACAUCCUCUUGUGACACUUCCCUAAAGAGUUUGCGUUUCUGGUUGUCGCAACAUGCGCCACAGAAUGGUCUUACGUCCCUACCGGUACUUAGGUAGGUGGUAGGUACCUUUGGUAGUCUAGCCAAAGAAGACGACGUCAUCGCCUCAUGAUAUGGGCGGGCCAGCGACUACAAAAGGACGUUGACGACCUGUAAUUGAGCAGCCACAAGCUCUCGAAUCAACCCAACAAAGAAACUGCAAUCACAACAAGAACCCUUAACUUUCUGAAACAAAUCACCAAAACAACUCUCAGAAUGACUGGCACCGAGCAACAGAAGGAGGGCGAGAAGCAAUUCUCCAUCCAACCCAUCAAAGAUGAGGCCAAGGACAAGGUCUCUGCUUUCAACGCUCACCCCGGACCCGCCGUGCCCAAAGAUAUGCCCCAAGAAGAGGGCACCAAGGAGGAGCGCAAGGCCAAGAUGGAGGCUCUGAACAAGAAAUAAGCGGUCGACUUCUGUGGCAGAAGUCGCUUUGUUGACAUGACUGUAUGACUAUAUCUGGACUUGGGACUGGGUUUCUUUACGAUUUAUUUAUACAAACACUGAAGACAUUUUGUCCUGACUUGCACUGGAACGUGUCGAUUGCUAAUCGUAGUCUCAUGUUGGUAUCAUGGCACUGACCAACGGCAGCCUCGGAACCCCCUGCUGACACGCAGCCAUCCAAUAUCUGCCCCUCAUCGUUGGUAGACUAGAUUUGGAGCCGAGACAAGCAAGGCUCGUGAGGUCAGACAUUGGGGCUGGUGAAGACUCGAAGUCAUAUCAGAACAUAGACAUUUACAUACACCCAGAGGCAUGUAAAAAUUGUUCUCGCUGCCUCCCAAGAUGUUCCGUUGUUAGUCGAUAGCUGGCACAUCAACUUCGUAACACAUCAAUCAAGUUCAACGGCCUAGAUGCCCCUAAAUGCUCCACUACCUUAGGCGACUGCAGUUAUCUACUAACCCAGGUAUCU